CCUUGGCUACCAGGCUCCUCAGGUGGCAGCGCUUGCAGUCGGGCUACGGAGGCCGGGUUGCCAGAUUACGGGAAAGCCAUUUAAGAAGUUCCUGGAAUAAUAUUAGUCAGAGUACUAUAGGAUCUGCAGGAAGUGCCUCAAGAUAGUUGGAAAAGAAGAAUUUCUAGACUCUUCAUCAAGAUCUUCAUUUAUACAGCUGUUAAAUCCAAGGCUACUGUGGUGAAAGCAUGAAUAAAAAUACAUCUACUGUAGUAUCAUCCACUCUACUUGAAAAGGAUCCUGCCUUUCAGAUGAUUACAAUUACCAAGGAAACAGGCCUUGGUCUGAAGAUACUAGGAGGAAUUAACCGGAAUGAAGGCCCAUUGGUAUAUAUUCAGGAAAUUAUUCCUGGAGGAGACUGUUAUAAGGAUGGUCGUUUGAAACCAGGAGAUCAACUUGUCUCAGUCAACAAGGAAUCUAUGAUUGGUGUAUCAUUUGAAGAGGCAAAAAGCAUAAUUACCAGAGCCAAGUUGAGGUCAGAAUCUGCUUGGGAGAUAGCAUUCAUCAGACAAAAAUCCGACAACAUUCAGCCAGAAAAUCUGUCAUGUACAUCACUUGUAGAAGCUUCAGGAGAAUAUGGACCUCAAGCCUCAACAUUUAGUUUUUUUUCUUCUCCUCCUGAAAUACUAAUCCCAAAGACCUCAUCCACUCCCAAAACAAAUAAUGCCAUUUUACCUUCUUGUGAGAUAAAAACUGGAUACAACAAAACAGAACAGAUUCCAAUUACUUCUUCAGAAAACAGUACUGUGGGUUUGUCUAACACAGAUGUUGCUUCUACCUGGACUGAAAAUUAUGAACUACAAGAAAAGAUCUCCCUAAAUCCCUCUGUUCGCUUUAAGGCAGAGAAACUGGAAAUGGCUCUAAAUUAUCUUGGUAUUCAGCCCACAAAGGAACAACACCAAGCCCUGAGACAGCAAGUACAAGCAGACUCAAAAGGGACAGUGUCUUUUGGAGAUUUUGUCCAGGUUGCCAGAAACUUGUUUUGCUUGCAGUUGGAUGACGUAAAUGUUGGUGCACAUGAAAUUUCCAAUAUAUUAGAUUCACAGCUUCUUCCUUGUGAUUCUUUAGAAGCAGAUGAAAUGGAAAGGCUCAAGCGUGAAAGAGAUGAUGCCUUUAAAGAAGUGAAUACACUUAAGGAGAAAUUAUUGGAAUCAGAUAAGCAAAGGAAACAAUUGACAGAAGAGCUCCAGAAUGUGAAGCAAGAAGCAAAAGCUGUAGUUGAAGAAACAAGAGCCCUGCGUAGUCGGAUUCAUCUUGCUGAAGCUGCGCAGAGACAGGCACAUGGAAUGGAAAUGGACUAUGAAGAAGUGAUCCGUCUGUUAGAGGCCAAGAUUACAGAGUUAAAGGCUCAGCUUGCUGAUUAUUCUGACCAAAAUAAAGAAAGUGUUCAGGAUUUAAAAAAGAGAAUCAUGGUACUUGACUGCCAAUUACGAAAAUCAGAAAUGGCUCGAAAAACUUUUGAGGCAUCUACUGAAAAGCUUCUUCAUUUUGUAGAGGCAAUUCAAGAAGUAUUUUCUGACAAUUCUACUCCUUUAUCAAAUUUAAGUGAAAGAAGAGCUGUGUUAGCUUCUCAGACUUCCCUCACACCACUGGGAAGGAAUGGACGUAACAUCCCAGCAACGCUGGCGCUUGAGUCUAAGGAACUUGUUAAAUCUGUUCGUGCCUUACUUGAUAUGGAUUGUUUACCUUAUGGGUGGGAGGAAGCUUACACAGCAGAUGGAAUCAAGUACUUCAUCAAUCACGUAACACAGACUACAUCCUGGAUCCAUCCCGUGAUGAGUGUCCUGAAUCUGUCUCGCUCAGAGGAGAAUGAAGCGGAUUUUUCUAGAGAACUCCCCAACCAGAGAAGUUGAUGGUUUUCCUUAGGAAGUGGAGCUACAUGGAUGACGUGAGCAGAGACACAUAACAUUCAAUUCUGAGAUGCAACAGUCUAAAAUAGGAGUAAAGCAUGCACUACUUGUUGAAGUGUGAAAUGGAGAUCUGGACUUUGGGUAUUUUUGUAAAACUUUUGAUAUUUCUGUAUACAUUUAAAAAAUCAAUUGCCACUACAGUAGUUCCUUAAGAAUAGUCAUAUUUUUUGAGAUCACAUAUAAUUAGACUUUAUAAUAUAUAUACUUCUUCACAUGUAAUUAGAUCUGUCUUUGUAAUUUCAUAUGUAGUUCUUCAUAGGGUCUCAGAUACAAUGGUUUUUAUAACUGACAUAUAGAAAAAGUGUAUGAACAUAAUGAAACACCUCGUUUAUUUGAUAGUUCACUAACCUUUUAUAUUCACAUAUUAGGACCGUGAUCUUAGCAAGCUUUUUGGAAUUUAAGGGUCACAUUUAGACAUCUCAUGGGCUAAUGAAUACAACUUAUAUCUUUGUUGAGCUUUCUAAUUUACAAAAUGCUUUGCAGACCUCAUUUUCUUUAAACCAUACAACAUGCCUGUGAAGCUGAUCUGGUGGGUAUGUUUAUUCUUGGUUUUCAGUAGGGAAAUAGCAGUUCAGAGAGAGGAGGUUCCCUGUCCCAGCACCGAGACUCACUCCUAAGUCUUCUGAUUCCAUGUCCAGUCUCCCUUCCCCGACACCCUGCUGUCCCCACAGAGGGAGGUCACAGCCCAUCACGCAGGACACUGUGAUUGUGUUGAUGCAGCUGUGCAUUCCACAGAGAUUCAGAAGGCACCUCUUCAGUCGAACAUGGCCCCUCUAUAACCCCACUGUUCUUCUCCUAUAAACCCUUCCCCCUUCUCUGCACCCAAGCUUUCGCCAAGUAGGCGCGCUGUUUGUGAUAUUGUUUCAACAGAUUUCUUUCAGCAGCUCAUGUUUUUCUAAAGUGAAAGGCGUGGUUUGUCCUGUUUAGGUUGCCCUUCCAAGAGGGAUGGUUUGAGGGGAGCUGAUGAGAAGAGAGGUAUCUGUUAAAACAUUGCUGCUCUACUCGAAACAAGAUGGAAGCCUAAAGCCCAAGUCAAGCAGCCCCCAGCACUGCUGUGCAGUCCUAGAAGUCCUUAAAACAUAGUCUAAGAACCAUUCAUUGUAACCAUUUUAUAGAUGAGUAAACUGAGAUCCUAAGUCUCCUAGUCUACUGAAUUUCAUAUGGUGUAUAAUACAGAUUUAUAUGGUAAAGAUAUAUAUACAUUGUGCUCAACUAUACAUUCCUGAAUACAUUUAGGAUUUAUGAUUUAUGUCUUGAGUAAUAAUAUAAAGUCAACUCCAGACUGAUAGGUAGUCAUUAGCCAUGAGAAAUGUUUCAGGAUGGCUAGAGAAGACUUGUGUUUUGCCUGACAGCCAUUUGAGUGUUAGGAAGCUCCGGGAAGACAAGUUUUGAGAGAAGCCCCAGAGGGAGCUAUCUCCUUGCACCCCCCCAAAGGUGAAUGAGGUAUUCUGUAGGUUAGUGUCUAUAAUUGUGAAAGUACAAACUUUUUGUUUUUGUCAGAUUAAUAGUAUGAAAUAUCUCUCCCCCUGCUUGGAGAGUUUUCUAAUUUGUUUCUAGUGAGCAAAACAAAGAAGGUGCUUGAGUCACCUGAAAUCAAAGUACUUAGGCACACAGCCCACCGACAGAGAUACCUCAUCCUUUAACUGCUGUUUUGUACUACUUGCCUCCCUGUUUCUGUCAAAUACCUAGUGAAAAAGGCCUAGACAAGUGUAAUGAUAUUAUUUAUUGAGCAUUUUGUGUCAGGAAUGGUGAUGAGCAGUUUGCAUAUAUUUAUUUAUGAUCUUCUUAAAACCAUUCCAUGAAAUAGGAACUGUAAUUAUCCCCAUUUCUAAAAGAAAAAACUUAGGUUUAGAGAGUUAGUAAUCUUUGCCUAAGGGUCACAAAGCACCUAUGUGUAGAAGCUAGGGUUCAAGUCAGAUCUGUGAUUCCAGAACCUGUUCUCUAAACCACUAUGCAGAACUGCUUAGAUUCAUUGUUUAUGGGUACAAUUUAUAAAAAGGCAGAUUCUAGUUCAAUGCCGUAAGGAACUUUCUAGUAGUUCAAGCUGAUAAGAAAAGCAUUUCCCAGGAGAAAAUGAAAGCAUUGUCCCAGCAGGUUUCAGUCAAUCUGAAUUUCUUACGUGGGGAAUGUUGCUGAGGAGGUUCAGUGUGUGAAUGGACUGGACCAGUUGGCCACUCUCUCAGAUUCCCUCUUCAUAAAACUUGCGUGAUCUCUAAACCAUCAGGUCAAUGCCAUAAGAAAUGUUCAAAAAAAACAUGGUCAGGGCUUAGCAAGAAUCCUUUUCCAGUGCAAACAGGACCCUCACAUUAUGUUUUGAUGAGUAGCCAGUCUUUCUUUAACAUCAAUCAACCAUAGCAACGUGGUCAUCAUGAAGUCUUCAUUGACUCACUGGCUUGGAUUUUAGGGUUAGAAAAUCUGAAUGUUCUUACGUCCUUCCAUCUCACUUUACUAGAGUGCCCAGGUUGAGUCAUCCUUACUCACUCAUUCUCUCAAAAUAUUUAUUGAGCACCAACAAUGUCACAAGCACCGUGCUAAGCACUGUGGUGAAGUAGAACAAUUGCUAAUCAUUUCCUGGGUUCCACUUACUCUUGAUUUUAAAAAACAACAACAAAAAAGUUUUUAUGUGGCCAGAACUAAACAGCUUCUUCUUAAUUUUUGAAUUUUAAAACUAAUCUAUUUUCUUUUUAAAAAAUCAAGUACUAUGGAAGAGAAUAAAGUAAGAGAUAGCCCAUCUCACCUUCAAGAGGUAGCAGUCACUAAUACUGUGGUAAGUGAUUUUACUCAAAGGAAAUCACACUAUUAAGCAGCUUAUUUUUGACGUGUUAAUGUUGUGGUCAUCUUUUCAUGUCAAUACAUAGAUUAAUCUUUUAUUUCAAAUAUCUACAUAAAAUAUCACUACCCACAUAACCUGUAAUUUGUGUGGCCAGCAAUUUAUUGCACGCUAAAAUGUUUUAAGUUUUCUUAUUACCAACAAUGUCACAGUAAACAUUUAUAUAUUCAUUACGUCCUUUUCCUCAUAUAUCUUUGCACUCUUGUGCUAGUAUGUCUAUAGUGUGAAUACAUUCCUAAAUUUCUUGAUCAAAGCUAGGUCAAAGUUACAUUCAUUUUAAUUUUGGUAUAUAUUCAUAAAUUCUCCUCCAUAAAAGUAGGACCAGCUUACAUUACCACCAAUAGUGUAUGUGAGCCUUUUUUUUUAAUGUAUGAUAGGACUUUUUUUUAGUCCAAAGGUUCCUGUAGAUUUUCUGGGUUUUUUGUUUGUUUUUUGUUUUUGUCCUUGGAAGAAUAACCUACCUUCCACCAAGUCCAAAAACUUGAGAUUUUUAAUCAUUAGGUUUUAGAUUUCCUUUAGCAGCAGAGACUGACUUGCUGUACAGAGGAAAGUCUAGCAGUGACUAAUUCACUAUAUGUCAAACACAUCAUUACUCUUCUCUUCCUACUUUACAUGUAAUGGUGGCGAGGACCAACUUUUAAAUGAGCUAACUUGGGUGAGUAUGUUCAGUAAAGUACCAAGCACAAUACAAAUGCAUCUUCUAGUUCUUUGGGCCUCACUUUCUCUAUCUGAAUAAUAAGGAUAGUAACCCCUUGCCUUUUCCCAAACCAGUUCAACUCAGCAAACACUUCCUGAGCACCUACUACAUGCCAGGCAAAAUGUGAAAUGUGUAUGCUACGAGGCUAAAUGGUACUGAUUCUCAAAACAAGGAGCUCAUAGUCCAAAACCAUUUUUCUUUCUUUUUUUUCCCCUAAAAAACCUUUUAAAGAGGUAAGAAGUUAGGGGGUUGGUUGUUUAUUAAGAACCCCUGAAGAGCAACCCUUUAUCACUCUCUUAAAUUUGAAUAAUUCCAAAAUAAUAUUAACACCUCUUGACUGGAAAAGGAAAAAAAAGGAAGAUGCCGUAUGAAGAGCCUUUCCAAUGAUAAAUGCAAAGCAGCUGUCAAAAUAUAGAGUCAAAUGAUACUUUCAUAAAGUGUUUGAACAAUCAGAAAAUGUUAUCCUUUUUCUCGGGAGAAAUGGGACAUUUUUAUUUUCUCUGCUAACUGAAAUGCAACUUUUUGAAGAAUCAACAUGCUUGACAUUUUUACAAUGGACGUAAAGAACUGAACUAUUAUUAAAACAACUUACACACUCUAUUGCAUAUAACUUUUGAGAAAAUGAAAAGAAUCUUAAACAGAAUGUGCCUGUGGAGCUUCACUUUAGAAAUGAAAUACCCAAGGUGUUUUAACUACAACUGUCUACAUGUAAUAGUGUGUCUGCAUAAUGAUUUUGUAAAUAUUAACUACAAUUCUGUGUUUGCUUUCUUGAUACGACUUUUUACAUUUAAACUUA